CAAUUUUAAUUUGUGCAAAGUUGGCAAAAGACGCGCUUAAAUAAAAAACAUAAACUUAAUGCCCAGCUAGGCAGUUUGUAAUUUAUAUAUACAUAUAUAUACAUAUAUAUGCAUAAUUAAGUUCUUAUAUAAAUAUUUAAUUUGACUGAUAAUAAAAGUUGAGCAACGUUUUAUUAACUGAAAAGCGUGCGGCCAAAAAGCUCGCAAAACAACGCAAAUUGACUGCAAUAACAAAUUAUAAUAAUAAUACUACGAAAAAAAUAAAUAAACUAUAUCAGCUAUUUGCGUAUGCUCUGUUAUUUUCUUGGGAAAAUUGAGCCAUAAGAAAUAUUCAUUUAAAUUCAUAAAAGUUGUCAUAAAGCUGUAUUUCAAAAUUGCCUAACAACAAUUUCUGCUAAAAAUAAAAGCAUUCAUCAAUUGUUGUCGCGCUUGUUGCUGUUGUUGCUUGCCUUGUCAUGCAGCAGCAUCAAACAAACAGUCAGAACAAUUUGACAUUUCUAAAAUCAAAUUACAAAUACAAGCGCAGAAACAUGCUGGCAAUGCGCGCACUUCCGUUCGCAGCGCGUAAGCCAAACCAAUUAGCGGCAACAUUGUCAAAGACGUCAGCAACAGCAGCGGCAACAGCAGCGGCAACAGCAGCAACAGCAACACCAGCAGCAGCAGCAACAGGGGCAGCAACAACUGUCCGCAAAUGUAGCACAAUUCUAAGUUUAUUUAUAGUAAUCAUAUGGAAAGCUUUGCAGCCAAUGGCCAAUUGCCUGCUCUAUGCUGCCCGCAUAAUUGCCAAUGACAAUGAUGAUGAUGUUGCUGAUGAUGAUGUUGCUGAUGAUGAUGAUGAUGAUGAUGAGGGGAAUGCGUAUGUGAGUGCUGGCCAUGACCAUGACGUCAAUACACAAAUACAAACACAUUUACGCAAUACGCAAGCCGGCAACAAGCACGACAACAUUGACGCUAAUGACGAGGUGUCAACGGCACGUGAACGACAACAACAACAACAGCAGCCACAUUUAUCUAGUUCUAGUCCACAAAAGAGCAGCCGCUGCACGACAACAGCAGCAGCUACAACAACAACAGCAUCUACAACAACAACAACAACAAUGCGAGCCAUGUUGCCGGCAGCAACCGCGUCUGGACUGCCAUUGAUGACUUUGUUAAUUGCAUUGCUGCUGAGCAUGCGCCUCGCAUCGGCUGGCACUUGCUGGCAGACACAUCUGGACAGUGGGAAAUGCAAUCAAAUAUUUUCAACAAACAUCACAAAAUCGGAUUGCUGUGGCGCCAGUCAGACCUUCUCGUACACGGAUCGCGAGCUGAGCAGCGUUGAGCAUUUCUUUGCAACAGCUAUCGGAAAUGGAGUUGAGUGUGCGCCUUGCCUAGAGACCUGCAAGGGAUUUAAAUGUGGGCCAAACAAAAAGUGUGUGAAGCGCAAGGGCAGGCCCAAAUGUGUCUGCGCACCCGAUUGUGGAGCAACGUUACGCCGAAAGCAGCAGCAGCAGCAGCAGCAGCAGCAGCAACAGCAGCAGCAGAAGCAGCAGCAGCAGCAACAGCAGCAACAUCGCAAUGCACCAGAGCAACAGCAGCAACAACAACAGUGGGCGUCGUCGUUGUUGUUGUUGUCGCCGCGCGGUUCACGUAGUCUAAGUAGCGAAAUUACAAACAGCAAUUUAGGUUUAGAUGGCGCUAAACGCCAGCAUAAACAUAGCGACAAUAACAACAGCAACCGCGCUGAUAACCAAAGAAAACAACAGCAGCAACAGCAACAAAGCCAAGAGAAGAGCAUGCCAAAGCGAGCAAGUCAUAGAACAGGAAUGAGGCAGGGCGAAACGAGGCACAGAAGACUUUUGAUUAUAGACAGCAGCAAUUUGCAAGAGCAGCCCACAACCAGACGACUGCACAUGGAGGACAGCAGCAGCAGCAGCGGCAGCAGCGACGGCGGCGGCGGCGGCAGCGGCAGCGGCAAAGUGCAAAUGCAGAUGAAGGUAGAAAUGGAGAGAAUGACGCCGCCGUGGGGCAGCGAGCGGCGCAGACAUAGAAAAAAUAACAGCAGCAGCAACAACAAUGGCAAACACUUAACAAGAUCAAUGACGACGGCAACAGCAACAGCAACAGGAGCCAAUGACUCGUCCACGACGCCUGCGCAGACGACGGCUCAGUCUAGACACAAGUUGGCAAAUGCUAAUGAACCCGCCAACGACAUUAAUAGACAGUCGCGGCAAGACAAUGCGCCAGCACGAGGCAGACACCAACAUCAACAGCAGCAGCAGCAGCAGCAGCAGCAGCAACAUGCUCCAAAUCACGAGCAACAACAAUACGACAAUGGAACGCAGCAGCGCAGGCGUAAGCACAAGCACAACCACAAGGAUCAGCGGCGCACAAAUACCACAAUGUCUGGCUCUGGCUCUGGCUUGGGCUCUGGCUCGGGCGGACGUCGUCGUUUGUAUCUGGCUGAACACGGAAGUGAAACGGCUGCGUCAUCGGGCAACAGUCACGGCCACUUGGCUAAUGUCGAUGAUUUAGCAUUUCUGACUGGAAUUUAUGAAGCAGCGCCAGUGUUACAGCAGCAACACACGAAUCCGGUUUGCGGCAACGAUGGACGCACCUACAACACCGAAUGCCAGCUGCGCAAACGCGCCUGCCGCACAAACAACGCCCAACUAGAGGUCGCCUAUCGCGGCCACUGCAAGACGAGCUGCAAUGGUGUUCAAUGUCUGAACGGACUGACCUGUGUGGAGGAUCAGUAUAUGAUGCCGCAUUGUAUAACAUGCAAAAUCGAAUGUCCCUGGGAUGAUAUGGCAUACGAUCUGAAUGACGAUGGGCAGCCGGAUGAGGCGGCAACAAUUGCUGAGGAGCGUGCGGUUUGCGGCAUCGAUGGCAACACAUACAGGAGCACUUGUGAUAUAAAUCGUAUGAUUUGCAAAAUUGGACGAUCAAUUGCAGUGGCAUAUCCGGGACCGUGUCGUGCGGACCGCCUCACCUGUGCGGACAUCAAGUGCGGCCCAAAGGAUACUUGCCUUGUGGACCUGCAGACGCACAUGCCGCGUUGCGUCUCUUGCCGCUACAAGUGCGCACGCAAGCAACAGCGAACGCAAUACCGGGCGGAUAAAAUCUGUGGCUACAACAAUCACACUUAUAAUUCAUGGUGCGAGAUGCGCAAGGAUUCGUGUGCCACGGGCUAUUUCAUAGGCGUUCGAGCGACGGGCGUAUGUUAGAUCAAAUUAGCGAAAUAUUAUCAAAAACAAACAACACAUUAGCAUAUAUACUAACAUAUAUAUAGAGCGUAUAUAUAGCGCAUCUCUGUGUAGUUCCAACAUCCAAAGAUUCUCGUUGUGCGUUUUGUUUAGUGUUGUAAACCGAUGCAAGGGCCUUAGGCUGCUGCCAGCAUUCAAUACAAGCAUAGAGUAACUCCAUAUACACACACACACACACACACAUAUGCACUUGGCUAAGUAUUAGCGCAUUUAUCAACACAAUCGACAACCAGAACAACAAAAAAAACAACACGUUUAAUAUAUUAAAACAAUUCUUAUGCAACAUCCAUGGUAAGAGAAAACCACAUAUCUUAAGAGGCUUUUGUAUUAAACAUAUAAACAUAACCAUAAAACUAAUUCAUAAUUAAUUUAUAUACAAAUUGGUUGGCACACGCAUUUCGUUUACGUUUAUAGUUUAGCUUUUACCACAAUCUAAA